AUGACUUUGAAAGGGCAGAACAUAGAACCCAGCUUGUUGUCGGCCUUGCAAUCAUCCCUGCAGAAGGCCAUGGAAGAAAUGGCGGGGAAGAGCCCUUCAGCGGAACCAGACCCAGAGACGCCCAAACCAGCGAGACAACACCACUGCUUCCAAUGUGAAAAGAGAUUUUCCCGAUCAGGGGACCUCAAAGCUCAUGAGAGGACACACACAGGAGAAAAGCCUAUCCAAUGUUCCCAGUGUGGAAAGAGUUUUACCAUGUUAUAUAACCUGAAAAGGCAUGAGAGAAUACACACAGGAGAAAAGCCUUAUCAAUGUUCCCAAUGUGGAAACAGUUUUACUCAGAUAGGGCACUUAAAAAAGCAUGAGAGAAUACACACAGGAGAAAAGCCUUACCACUGCUCCCAGUGUAAAAAUAGAUUUUCCCGAGUAGGGGACCUAAAAGCUCAUGAGAGUACACACACAGGAGAAGAGCCUUUCCAAUGUUCCCAGUGUAGAAAGAGUUUUACCGUGUUAGCUAACCUGAAAAGGCAUGAGAGAAUACACACAGGAGAAAAGCCUUACCAAUGUUCCCAGUGUGGAAACAGUUUUACUCAGUUAAGGAUCCUGAAGGAGCAUGAGAGGACACACACAGGAGAAAAGCCUUUCCAAUGUUCCCAGUGUGGAAAGAGUUUUACUCAGAGAGGGUAUCUAAAAGUGCAUGAGAGAAAACACACAGGAGAAAAGCCUUACCACUGCUCCCAGUGUAAAAAGAGAUUUUCCCGAGUAGGGGACCUAAAAGCUCAUGAGAGGACACACACAGGAGAAAAGCCUUUCCAAUGUUCCCAGUGUGGAAAGAGUUUUACCGUGUUAGCUACCCUGAAAAGGCAUGAGAGAAUACACACAGGAGAAAAGCCUUACCAAUGUUCCCAGUGUAGAAAGAGUUUUACCGUGUUAGCUACCCUAAAAGCUCAUGAGAGGACACACACAGGAGAAAAGCCUUUCCAAUGUUCCCAGUGUGGAAAGAGUUUUACCAAGUUAACUAACCUGAAAAGGCAUGAGAGAAUACACACAAGAGAAAAGCCAUUCCAAUGUUCCCAGUGUGGAAAGAGUUUUACCUGGUUAAGGAGCCUGAAGGAGCAUAAGAGAAUACACACGAAAAAAGCCCCACCACUGCUCUCUCUCUGUGUGGAAGGACAAUUUCCCAGUCAGAGAACCUGAAAUCACAUGAGAGAAUAGAGAGGCUGUGUUCUGACUUAUGUUUUUAACUGCCAAUUUGUGUUU